AUGUCUUAUAAGAGCGGCACACCAUGGCAGGACAGGUUGGAUGAGGCUUGCCGGGAAAUCCAGAUUGGAACGCCAGUAUUCCAGAUUAUAUCCGACAGACGAGGAGGCCGCACCGCGUGGUCCAGCCGAGUGACCAUCAAUGGAAAAACACUCCAGGCUCGUUUCUGGUACGACGGGAAGAAUCUCAACAAUGCCAAAGAGGACGCUGCCGAGAUGGCUCUGACCUACCUCAGCGGUUCGAGCCCCGCGUCGCCAUCCACCAGCCGGGGCGGAUGGUAG